UGCAGCCCGCUUCUUCGAACUAACUCUACUUCGUUCUCAUUGUGCGUGUUAUGACCAUAUUGAACAUAAACAUAGGUGUCCUGGGACAUGUCGAUUCUGGAAAAACUAGCUUGGCUAAAGCUCUCAGCACGGUUGCAAGCACGAGCGCUUUCGAUAAAAAUCCUCAAAGCAAGAAAAGAGGCAUAACACUGGAUCUGGGAUUUUCCUCCUUUGUGGUGCAUGGAUCGAUCAAGCACACCAAUCCAGGUACGAAACCGUAUGAGCAAGUCCAGUUCACACUGGUUGAUUGUCCUGGACAUGGAUCGCUUAUAAGGACCGUUAUGUGCGGUUCCCGGAUUAUUGAUCUUAUGCUUCUCGUAGUGGAUGUCACCAAAGGUUUUCAAACACAGACUGCUGAGUGCCUCGUAAUCGGUACCAUUACUUGUGAUCAGAUGAUCGUUGUUCUAAACAAAUGUGAUCUGUUGCCUGUGGAGACUCGUGGAGCUAGUAUUGAGAAGAUGAGAAAACGUGUCUCCAAAACUCUUGAGAACACAAAAUAUCGUAAUUGUCCAAUAGCAGCAGUUUCAGCGGCUCCAGGAGGAGUGCAGGCUGAUUUCUUUCCGGAUGACCGUCAACAGUGCAACGAGGAUAUCAAAGAGCUCAUCGAGUUACUUGUUCAAACUGUCUCGGACCCCAGUGAACGCCGUCGUCUGGUUCGUGACCAAGACUUUCUCUUCGCGGUCGACCAUUGCUUCGCCGUGACUGGCCAGGGGACAGUGAUGACAGGCACUGUGCUUGCGGGGUCCACUCGUGUCGGGGAUGUGAGUCUCGAUCAGCUCCACUCAUGGAACAGGUUAUGCUCCAUUUGGUCGAUUGUGCGGUCUGCACCGGUAUUCGUUAGAGACUGCUUGCACAACAGCAAUUUAUGGUAUCUGUUCUUGCUCACAAAUCUCACACUUUUUGUUUUCAACUCGAAAAACAUCGUGGUUAUCAGCAUACUCCCUAGACCAUGGCAAUUGUGCUCGAUAUAA